AUGGAAAAGGCCUAUGAUCACAUCAAUUGGGACUUCUUAUUAUACAUGUUGAGUAGAUGUGGUUUUGGAGAAAGAUGGAGAAAGUGGAUGAGGCAUUGUAUGUCAACUGCUCGCUUCUCAGUUUUGGUAAAUGGGGAUCCGGUGGGUUUCUUUAAUAAUUUGUGGGGUUUACAACAAGGUGAUUCAUUAUCACCUCUAUUAUUUGUCAUAAUAAUGAAGGCUCUAAGUAGAAUGAUGUCGGCUGCAGUUGAGGGGGGAUUCUUUUCUAGAUUUUCAGUGGAAAAUAUCAACAUUUCACAUCUUUUGUUUGCGAAUGAUACUUUGCUAUUUUGUGAGGCAAAUGUAGGACAUAUACAAUCCUUGAAGGCCAUUUUACUGUGUUUUGAAGCGGUAUCUAGUUUAAAGAUUAAUCUUGCGGAGACGGAGAUGGUUGCUGUUGGUGAGGUGAGGAACAUUAGGGGGUUGGCCAACAUUUUGGGAUGUGCGGUCUCUUUGUUGCUAUUGAAGUAUCUUGGCCUUUCGUUGGGGGCUACCUUCAAAGCCAAGGCAAUUUGGGAGGAGGUGAUGGAGAAAUUAGAGAAUAGAUUGGCCGGGUAG